AUGUAUGAUAACGCAGCUUAUGGUGGAAAUUGGAUACCAACAACAAAUGCUGCAAGACGUCUUGAUCCAUAUAGACGAAUAUAUUCUAUAUUAGGUUGUUUUAUUGCUAUUGGUUUUGUUUUGAUUGUUAUUAUUGUUCUAUCAUUAAUUCCUGUAUAUAUAUCUCGUAAUUCUUCAAGAACGAAUAAUAAUAAUAAUAUUCGAGUGUCAAAAAUUUCUAUUUAUGGUUAUAACCUUCGAAUUCAAGUUCCAUUUACUAACUUCAAUCCUCAAACAAUUCUUUCACAAACGAAUAAUCGCCAAAGAUUACAAGCAGCACUUACAUCUAUGAUACAACAAGAUUCUCUAGUCAAUGGUUCAAUUAUUGAAAUAAAUACAUCAUCAACAAAAACUAAACGUCAAUCAUCUGAUUUAUUUAAUAUAACAUUUGAUUUAAAU